AUGACUGAGGAGGAGAUUGCUCGUACUUUUAUCAAGACUCACGAUCCACCCUAUUUUGAAGAGAUUUUUUGCAUGACUGGAAGUUCGUUUGCUGCUAUCAUUAACAAGUUAGAGGAGUAUGAUGAAUUUGUCAAAGCGGGGAAGAUUGUUAAUGUAUUUGCAUUAAAGUUGCAAUUGGAUGCUUUACAAAAUCAAAGCAACAGUGGGAAAAAACCCCCAUUUAAAAAGAAAGAAGGAAAAACUGCUUUUUUAAAAGCAACUGGAAAAAUUGGCACCGUUCCUCCCGAACUUUAUCCCAAAGGCAUUCCUCCAGAUUAUGAUCCGCAAGCAAUUUGUGCUUAUCAUUCUGGAAGUCCAGGUCAUACCACUGGCAAUUGUUGGGCUUUAAAAUAUAAGAUUCAAGACAUGAUUGACUCUGGCGACAUCCUUCUCAGAAGAAAGGGUGAACAAGGACUGAAUGUCAAUAAGAAUCUUUUACCUGAGCAUGGGAGCACUGUGGGAGUUAUCAUCGCUGAUAGAGAUUUUAUCGAUCCCACUCAAUACAUUGUAGAUGAAAUUGAGGUGUUUGAUGUAAUGGAGGCUGACCACGCCAGAAUGAGAAAAUUGUCUUCUGUUGAAAAGUCCAUGAUCAAUGAUAAUGUUGAGAAAAAGUUGAAAUCUUUUGUAUUUGAAAAAGAGGAGCCGUUUAUACCGGAAGGGGGAGUUUCUGAGGUUGACAAAUCUCCUUUUAUUCUGGAUGUACCAAAUUUUGAAUGGGAUAUAUCAGAGCCUGUCAUUCUUGAAUUUUCAGAACAAAUGCCUGUCAAUAACCUGCAAGAGGUGCCAUGGAACUACAAGGAGUCUAUUUUGCUGGUUGGAGAUAAAACAUGCUUAAAGGAAGAUGUAUCUACUAUUACCACGUCUGGGAGAAUCAUGGAAAACUCUGAUAUUGAUGUUCAAUCCAGGGCUAAGGUUAAAUCUCCGACACCCAAGCCUCGUGUGUCUGAAAAUGAAGUUGUAGAUUUUCUAAAGAUGCUGAAGAGAAGUGAAUACAAAAUAGUGGAGCAGUUGGAUAGAAUGCCUGCUCAAAUUUCUUUUCUGAAUCUUCUCUUGAUUUCCAAACUGCAUAGAGAAGCAUUGCUCAAAAUUCUAAACGAAGCUCAAGUCCCUAAAGAUAUUCCGGUGGAUAAAUUUUCUAACAUUGUGGGGAAUAUACUUGCUGCUAAUCGCAUUGCCUUCUCCGAUGAUGAUCUGACUGCAGAAGGGAUCGGGCAUAACAGAGUUUUGUAUAUAUCAGUCCGUUGCAAUGGAAAGCUAUUGCCGAGGGUUUUAGUGGAUAAUGGGUCAGCGUUGAAUAACUGUCCGUGGAACACUCUCACCAAGCUUGGAUUUCUUGACAUUAAACUCCGUCCAUCUGCAACUGUGGUUUGA